AUGUCUUUUUUACAAUCUAAUAAAGGUGAAUAUGUUUCAAAUAAUGCCGAAACUGGUAGUGACACCCCUGUUGGUGUUGAUUCUGAAAAUACAGGUAUCAAGCCGUCUUCGGUUGCUAACCCUAGUGUUCUGUCCAACUUGCAUGGUGCUGUCGCACCAUUAGAACAGCCUGCAUUAACAUCAAGUACUGCUAGCCAUCAGCACCAACAAGAACAAGAAAUGCUAUCAGGUUUUACUAUACCUAGGCCGCCUGUGUCUACGCAACAAUCGAGUGUAGCAGCUGAAAAAGAGCAAGGGUCCAAUACAGGUCAGCCUGAUUCUCCACGUACAUUAUGGAUGGGUGACUUAGACCCGUGGCUAGAUGAAGGUGCUAUAUCUGAUUUAUGGUGGCAGAUAUUGCAUAAAAAGGUAACUGUUAAGAUUAUAAAGCCUAAAACCCCUAAACCAGAGAAUAAUGCACAAGGACUCUCACAUUCUGGUUAUUGUUUUGUUGAAUUUGAAAGUUUUGAUGAUGCUCAACAAGCAUUGGGUUUAAAUGGCCAAUUAUUACCAGAUAUAGCUAUGCCAUCGCAACAGCAAUUUCCGAAUAACCCAGAUAAUCAGAAGAAAUAUUUCAGACUUAAUUGGGCUAGUGGUGCAACGUUGAGUGCUCCUAUCGUUCAGACUCCUGAAUAUUCAUUAUUUGUUGGAGAUUUAUCGGCGUCCACAACUGAAGCACAUUUAUUGGCAUUUUUCCAGAAAAGUUUCCCAACAUCGAUUAAAACAGUACGGGUUAUGACAGACCCUGUUUCUGGCAAAUCAAGAUGCUUUGGGUUCGUUAGAUUCACGGAUGAACUGGAAAGACAGCGGGCGUUGGUAGAAAUGCAUGGUGCUUGGUUUGGUGGGAGACCAUUGAGGGUUGCCUUAGCGACUCCAAGGAAUGUAGGAGGAAAGCUUCGAUACCCUAAUAUUCCAAGUCCUAAUUUCUAUAAUCCUGACCAGGGAAGACAAAUGUUUAUUCCACCCAAUGCUAUGCCAAUGGGUGGUUCUCCAUUUGGAUUUUUUGGAAAUCCACAAAUGCCACCUCCACCACACCAUCCUCAUCAGGUACCUCCACGGCAAUCAUAUCCAAGUCAUAUGUCUCCUAUGGAUAUGCAACCUACCAAAGAAUAUAGUGACGACCGUGAUCAGAAUGUUUCGUCAAAUGGCCAGCCUAACGUUGAGCAGCUUAGGUCCCCGAAUUUACAGGGCGGUCAACACGGUCAGCCAUUUACUGACCCUAAUAAUACUACAGUAUUUGUCGGAGGUUUAUCAUCUGAAGUUACCGAACAAACUUUAUUUACGCUCUUUAAACCGUUUGGUAUAAUUCAACAAGUGAAAAUCCCACCAGGAAAGAAUUGUGGUUUCAUUAAAUAUUCCUCCCGUGAAGAAGCUGAAGAAGCAAUUGCUGCUAUGCAAGGGUUUAUUAUUGGAGGUAAUAGAGUUAGAUUAAGUUGGGGCAGAGUUUCGAUGAAUAAUAAGAAAUACCAACAGCAACAACAACAAGUAGCCCAGGCUGCUCAAAUGCAAGCUGCAACUGCAUUAUCUAUGGGAAUGGACCCAGCUAGUGCAAUUGCUGCCGCUGCCGCUGCGGCAGCCGCUGGUGGAUAUCCUCCGCCGAUACCUGGAGCACAUGGGCAUUCGCAAAAUGCUGGUAUGCCAAUGAUGGGAGGAAUGCCACCAAUGGGCCUUCCUCCACAUAUUUCUAUGCAAUCGCGUGGUAAUUUGCGUUCUCCUAAUCCUUCGAACAUUCAGAAUUACUCUACAUCAAGUGAAGAUAAUGAUGCUUCAUUCGAUAAAUCUGACGUUGAUUCAAAUGAAAGACCUUCUAAUGAAAGCCAAGGUAGAGGGCAUGGAAUUGCGCCACCCCCAUUCUACAUGGGUGGCCUACCUACAGAUUAUCACAUUCCACCUCCUGGUUCCCAACAAGGACAAGAUGAAUUGGCUGAUUCAAUGGCUCAUAUGAAUUUGAAUGGUGAGAAUCAUGAUUCCAAUGCCAAUUCAGAAAACUUCAUGGCCUACCAAGGAGACCACAGGUUUAUGAUGCCUCCAAUGUUCAAUGGAGGAUUUCCAAUGCAUGAUCUUCAGUACCAACAAUUUAUACCACUGCAGCAGCUUGACCCUCAAGCUAUGUACCCACCUCAAGAUGAUCGAGCAGCUAAUGACGAUAGUAUAGAUAAUGCUAAGGCAGAUGAUAAUGAUAGUAAAAAUGAUAAUGAUGAUUGA